UUCGUGUUGUCUCCCUUCCGCGCAACUUGUCAAAAAAUAAGGGUGGAAGAAGAAGAAGAAUUUUGAACGCAAGUGGAAAAUCUGUUACAAAUCUGUGAAAAUUGUGUUUUCCACAGAAAUCUAUGCAUUUACCGGUAGAUCAUGACCUCGGUGAAGAGUCAGUGCGAAAAUAUGCUGUUUCGAUCGUCAACAAAGUAUGAAGAAUUGAACGAAAUUGGAACCGGUGCGUAUGGGACGGUCUACAAAGCGAUUGAUCGACAAAAUCCAGGUGCAGUGGUUGCCCUGAAGAAGGUUCGUGUUAAACUCACCGACGAUGGGGUCCCCAUGUCCACCCUCAGGGAGAUUGCCCUCCUGAAGCAGCUGGAAUCCUAUUCUCAUCCAAAUAUUGUCAAGCUCAUUGAUGUGUGCCAUGGCCAGAGACUCGAACGAGAACAGCAACUUGUGCUCUACCUCGUCUUUGAGCACCUGGAGCAAGAUCUUGCUGGCUAUAUUCAGCGACUACCGAGCUCGGGGAUGACACCACACACAAUCCAGAGACUCUCAAUGGAAUUGCUGACGGGAGUGGAUUUUCUCCAUUCGCAUCGCAUCAUUCACAGAGAUCUCAAGCCACAGAAUCUUCUUGUCUCGGCAUCGGGGCACCUCAAACUCGCAGACUUCGGGCUGGCAAAGACGUAUGACUUUGAGAUGAAACUCACGUCUGUGGUUGUUACUCUGUGGUACCGUGCACCGGAAGUUCUUCUUAAUCAACCAUACACGAGUGCCUUGGAUAUUUGGAGUGCUGCCUGCAUUAUUGCUGAAAUGUUCUCGAGAGAACCACUUUUCCCGGGAGCCUCAGAAAAGAAUCAACUUGACAGAAUAUUCGAAUUGACUGGAAGACCCAGCGCAAAUGCUUGGCCAGCGGGAAUUUCAAUAUCUCGCGAUAGCUUUGCCAAUCGCCCGUCAAAGCAACCAAGAGACCUGUGUCGGUAUCUCUGUGAAUACUCCAAUGAUCUUCUUGCGCAAAUGUUAGCGUUCGAACCCAGAAGUCGUCCAUCCGCCAUGGAGUGCCUCCAUCAUGCAUAUUUCAAACAGGAGCCACUCUAACAUUUUCUUCCGGCAGAGUUUCUUAAUUAUUAAGACCUUACAACCACACAACGUGAACUUUUUUCUGCAAGAAUGUAGUAUUUUGCAGAGAGAAGUUUAUUUCGUCGUGUGGACCCCCAAUUAAUGAUAAAAUGUUCAUCGGAUCCAGAUCUCGGCAUUUUUAAAAUUUUUUUUUUCAGUUUUAAGGGCAGAAAUAUUUUUUUAGCUAGUUAGAAUGAUAGGAUAUUACAAUUAGAUGGUAGACGUUAGAGAAAACUAAAGUUAGUCACUGCGUAGAAAUUAAAACCAAAAUUUUGUGAUAAGUAAAUGGGGUUUAUAAAGGAUAUCAAAGCAAAAUUUUCAUUGAGUUAACAUUUCGACACUUUUUUUUUGGAAGCGGCAGUGAAUAUUUUGAAUUAUAUACACGUUUUUUUGGUUAAUUAAGCUCUUUUAGAAGUUAGUUUAGGUUGUUAAGUAAUCAAAAAAAAAAAAAAUUAGAGUGAUGUGAGUCUCGCAGGAUAGCUCACGCGCACAGGGGGUGUUGGGGGAAACAUGCGAAAGGACUGAUUUUCUUUUUGUGGGGGGAAUUCCUUUCAAGGGAUUUUAAUUACAUAAUUAACUAUUAUUAUAUAUACAACUGAAUCAAGCCAUCAUAUUUUACAAAGCGUCAAUUAGUUUAGUUCUUUAGUAGAUUUAUAGUUUUAGGGAAGUAAAAAUAAAAGUUAGUUCACCAAUGAGACGUUAAUAAGACGUCUGUUAGAUUAAAAAAAAAAUAAAACAACAAAAUAAAAGCAAUCAUUUCACGUUAAAAACUCAUUUGAUCAUCGAAAUUCUGUAGGUUGUUCAAACACGAAAAUAUUGUUGCAAGAGUAAUGUGAUUGCAGUAUUUUGGCAUUAUGACAAAAUUUAUACGACUUUUUUUUGGCAAUUUUGUAGUUAAAAAGAUUUUUUUUUGGAGAAAUAAAAUUGAAUUUAUAAGAAAA